UAGAGCGCACGCUUCAGUGUUUUUCCGCUGCCGCUAUUCCCACACGUUGUUCCACAAUGGAGACCAAACCGGUCAUCACCUGCCUUAAAACCCUGCUGAUCGUCUACUCCUUCGUGUUCUGGAUAACAGGCGCCAUCCUGCUGGCGGUGGGAGUAUGGGGGAAGCUGAUGCUGGGCCCGUACAUCUCCCUGAUCGCCGACAACUCCACCAACGCCCCGUACGUCCUCAUCGGCACCGGGACCGUCAUCAUCGUCUUCGGCCUGUUCGGAUGCUUCGCCACCUGCAGGGGGAGCCCAUGGAUGCUGAAGCUGUACGCCAUGUUUCUGUCGCUGGUCUUCCUGGCUGAGCUGGUGGCGGGGAUCUCUGGGUUUGUCUUUCGCCACGAGAUCAAGGGAACCUUUCGCAGAACCUACACCGACGCAGUCCUGAACUACAACGCAGAGGACGAGGCGAGCCGCGCUGUGGACAACCUGCAGCACCGGCUGCGCUGCUGCGGCGUCUAUAACUACACCAGUUGGUUUGCCAGCGUGUAUUACCCCUCUAACGGCAUUCCUGCCAGCUGCUGCUUCAACUCCUCCGACUGCAACCCGGAAGACCUCCGCAACACAACUCUGGCCCCCAGCAAAGUCUACCACCAGGGCUGCUUCGAGCUGGUCACUUCCUUCAUGGAGACCAACAUGGCCAUCAUCGCCGGGGUGACGUUUGGGAUCGCCUUCUCUCAGCUGAUUGGCAUGUUGCUGGCGUGCUGUCUGUCCAGGAUCAUCACAGCCAAUCAGUACGAGAUGGUCUAGCUGAUGUGAUGUGGCAGGGAGAUGAAGAGAAGACGGGUUUUGUCACACGAACAGAGUAAAUCUCCACGAAACGCCUGGAUUGGAAUUGGAAUCGAUCUCCCUCCGUCUCUCUGCCUGCGAUCUCCUUAAUGUAAUAUCUUAAUGUACCUUACUGUAAAGCACCAUUCCUUGACUCACCACAGCUGCAUCAGAGCUUUCCACACCGCGCAUCGUCUCGUCCCGGGUCGGUACGGCACACAGCGAGCAGAGCGGGCGGGCCGCAGCAUGCUCCACCGAGCGUCGCUCCAAGACGGCCGCACACCUUUGUACAGAAUAACACUACUGAAGCUUGAAAGUGUUACUUUGAUAGGUUAGGCGUAGUUUCGCAUUGGACUUUGCUAUAGCGCUUCAUUGUAUAUUCCUCUGGUUGUGACCGUUUAGUGAGCUGAUUACGUGUCCUAAUGCGGAGGAUGUUUUUUUAGUUUAUAUCAAAAAUAUGGAUCUGGUGAAGAAAACGAAGGGAAAAGUUGUUGUAGAGUAUUUUUACCUGAAGAUGAAGUAUGAUAUUUUUUUGCUCCAAAAUAUUUAAUUGAAGUAAACGACAGAUGAAGGCUGAAUAUCAGUGAAAGAUUUAAUCUGAAAUGAAUGCACAGGGUGGUUCUGUGCUGUGAAGCUUUAAAUAUGGAUCAGCUUCAUACAGAACAGUUACAGUCAGUCAGUUCUACGGGAAAAUCACAGCAACAUGUGACCUUGAGCCUGAAGGCCUGAUGACAUCCACAGUAAAGCAAUAAACUGUUUAAUCGCAGCUCACAGCCCUCAGUCUCAGUUUGAUAACAGACAUUCUGUUUGUCGUGGAAAAGUUCAGGUUUGACAGAAGAAAAAAAAUAAAGGAAACGGCGACUCGUUCAGCAGAGCUGAUCGGUUUUCUGUCUCAGACUCUUUAGUUUUGAACGGCGCUUUCAGAGAUCAGUUUUUUUUUUAAGAUUACACAUAUCUGCUUUCCCUUCACAAGGUGAUUGACUACUUUGAUGAAUUUAUUCGACAGUGAAAUCAGGCCUCCUCAGGGUCUUGCUGUGAGGAAGAGACGUUCAGUGUGCAGAAGGAAGCUGAUCAACCAGCCAAUAAGAACUGGACGGUACAUUUUUUUUUUUAAUCUCAGAGUCGAACUUGUUGAUCUUCCGAGUUCUUCUUUUCAAAGAAAGACAGACACGCAGCAUCUUUUGUUUUUAGCCUACUGCGUUCAUAUCCAGCCACAGGGAUCACGACUUGUGUUCUCCUGGACUAUAAAGCCAGCAGUCUGUUCCAGAGAGAGGUCAGGUCAGAGGUCAGGACUCAGCGUUCAGCCAGUAUCUACCAGGUUCUGUGUCGUGCUUCGCCCCGCCGCCAUCACCUCCAUCUGUAGAUAUGUACUGCAAAUGUAAUUUAUAUGACGUAACGUUUCUCAUCCUGACGCCCUCGGUGUUGUGUCGCGGUUUUGAAUCCGCACUCUGUGCUGUUUAAUCCGUAUUCGUUUGAUAGUUUAUAGGAAGCUCGCACUGGAAAAAUACUUGUGGCCGAUGUUUCGUUGGGAGUAGAACACGCAACACGUAGCUGUUUCAGUUCAGCGGUAUAUUUAUUCUAGUUUGGUCGGCAGGUUCACACUUCGCUUCCACCAAACCAGUUCCCCGUCUCUCUUUCAGGAGUGCGUGCGAUUCUGUUCGUCUGUGACCGUGUGUGUGUGUGUGUGUGUGUGUGUGUGUGUGUUUGUGUGUGGGUGUGUGUGUGUGUGUGUGUGUGUGUGUGUGAGAGAGAGAGAGAGAGAGAGAGAGAGAGAGAGAGUUCCGGUUUGGUGGAACCUGUUGUCUUCAGUUUUGGUCAGUAUUUCGUUGUGGCUUUUUAAAAAAAACUUUGCUUCUGAAGCUGUAAAUUUAUUUAGUGAAUGUAUGUUUUCCAAUACUCUGAAAACUUAUUUUACCUUCUCUAACAGAUAAUGUCCUGUAAAUACUACAUUGUAAUACCAUCCCGCUUACACAUGGGGUCACUAGACACUCGAGAAGCACCAUGCUGUCUACUAUCGACUAACUCACCAUCAGUGGUCUUAUUAUCAAUAAAUAUACUGAAUAAC